UGAAAUUGAGAGAUAGCUUAAUCAGUGGCGGGAAGUACAUGGAUCAAGUGAGUGGGAAGGGCGGAGCAAUAGAGUGACGCAAACCUUGACGGGGCCCCGCAAGGCAUGCAGCACGGCGGGCGGGGCGAGGCGGGGCGGGCAAGUUUGUACAUGGUGACAGGCAAUAGUCAGACACCGCGGCGCCACGGUAAGCAGGGGAAGCUCUCAUUACGUGCUGUGACAUGGAGAGGAAGGAAAUUACAACAUCGUGUGCAUCUCACGGGAACAGGUCCCGCGGCGCUGCCUAGGGGAAGGAGAUGCAGGCAUUGAACCUUGCGCCGCUCAUGUUUUAUCAAGUCGAUAAACGCGAAGCUUUUUUUUCUAAAACUACACUGGCUGAUGCCUCUCAAGCGCACACCUAUACCUCUUGGCCAAGGUUACCCGGGGAACGCGGCCUCAGGAACGUCACAUGUGCAGGUUGAUCUCAUCCAUUCUGUGUUAUGUGGGGUAUUUGCUGUUGCAGAAAGUACGGUUUGAGUUUAUGGGAAUUUUGGUGUCCGGUGACCAGCGUUGUGUGAAAGUAGUGUUGGGGAGCUGAUGUUUCUCUCCUUGCCUUUGUCUUACCUUUUACGGCUUUGUUUGAAAGUUGGGUGAAUUUGCAGUUUCAACCAAUAUACCCUAUCUUAUAUUUCUUUUUCCCUAUGUCUAACAAGCUUGGGGACCUCCUAGGAAUGGGGGGGUUUUUAACCUAAUCUAACCUAACCCCAUUUUCCGAUAGGGUUAAAUGGAGUUAGAAAUGCUCGUAGAGGUGUGAUCAAGACCGUGAGAAUGUGUAUAGUUACGUGUGGUGUACUAGUUGAAACUGCAGUAAUACCAAAAGCUGGUCACUCGUGCCUUCCUGCUCUGGUGAUGAAUGGUCUGUGCUCCUUAGAACGAUGAUUAUGAUUGUCCUAUUUUUACUAUUUUUUUUUUUUCUGCAAGCACUGAUCUGGGUCUUAUCUAUGCUAUUUAUGCCUUUUUUCAUACUAAUAUGCGUCUUAUUUUUCGCAGCUUAUUUAUAUCUUUUGGUGUCACUGUUUAGGUUUAUCUACAUUCUGUUCUGUAUUCUUGUUGUUUCUCAUCCUCCGCUUUUAUCGUUUCUUUAACCUCAUUUAUUCUUUGUUCAGUUUGCGUAGUCAGAAGCGACGCUCUCUGUCGCCAUUGUUGCAGUGAUAUGAAAGUUACUCGGUAAACUACUGUAUACCUUGAACCUAUAUACUACAUAGUUUUUACCUCAUACAAGACAUUCAUGACAAAUAGUGUAAAAUGGAUGUCAGAUACUGUCGAUGUUUCGUUCAUGAUAAUGGUUAGCCAAACAUCAUACUACAGUAUACAUCUGGAAGCCCAUGUAGCCUAUAGUUUUUACCUCAUACGCAUAGACGUACGAGCCAUGGAGGGUGGGGUGGCUGCAGCUCCUUAAAUUUGGGUGAGACACAAAUCUUUCGGGCAGAGUAGCCAGUGUCGCAGAGCUAUUCAACUGCUGGAUCAUGAGCUAAAUCCGGUCCUUGAGUGUCUUUUCUUUUCAUAUAUGAAAAGAAAACUUUCUCUUAAAAACGAAAUGCUAAAAUUGCCCUUUUCUGUAUUUUUUUUCUAAACAUUUCUUAGUUCUUACUGUUUAUAAAUAAAUAAUCGACCAGUGUUGACAGGCUGAGCUGAAUACUCGUGCCAUAGACUCCUUGAAACAAGGACUGGAACGUCACGACCUCGGAGUUUUUAACUUGAGUCUGAGAGACUUCAUGCCUGAUGUUUUUUAAAUUGACAUAUGUUAUGUAUUUUCAAAUUUUAAGAUCAUUUUACUCCCACAGCUUUUCCGGUUUUUUUUUUUUUUUUUUUUAUCUACGUGACGAAUCCAGACAGCCUUGGACAGCAGACUGUACAUCUUUCACUAUGUUGGAGGACGCCUGCCAAAUUAUAUUGACCUGCACAUGGCAAGGAGGUAGUGGUCGUAAGCUGAAGUUAACUAAGCAAACUGCUGAAGCAUUCAUUGUGUCUACACGUAAUAAUGUGGCUGCUGCCAAAUUGCUUCUGGCAGAGAAAGACUUUGACUACGUUCUUCCUGUUAUAUUCGCGGAUGAAGCCUUGGAAAAGUUUUUCGGUCAAGCCAGGCAAAGAAGUGGUGGAAACUUCUACAUUGAUGUAGUUGACAUUAUGGCUGCAGCAAAAGUUACAAAUUUGCAGACACUUCUAAAGCAUGACAUUAUGCCAGAAUCUAGUUCUCGUGUGCUUGAUUGCGACAAGAAUUGUACUUCUUCCAUAACUCCAGAUGAGCGAAGUGAACUCAUUGACGAGAUCACUCCUCAAGACACUCGGGAGCUCUUGAGGUCUGCUGAUAACCUUAAGCAUAAAGUUGUAUAUUUGGCUGGAUACCUUGUUCAUAAAUAUGGUAAUAGCACUAGUAUGGAGGAUAUCAUGGAUGAUGAAAAUGGUAACGAGGUAUCACCUGAGUUCUUAGAUCAUUUGAAUAGAGGUGGACUGAGUGUGCCAACUAUUUCAACCGUCUUUUUUGUACAUAAUGCCUAUAAUUUGCAUGACAUGACUAAAAUGCAUUGCCGUUUUCAUUUUGCUGAAUUGUUAUCUUUUUUAGAUGCACCUUUAGCUACUAAUAAUGCAGCAUGUACGACUUUAGCUAACAUUCUAUUGAAAGCUCAGGUCCUCAAUGUAAGUGACAAAGAAAAGGCUGUGAGAUGCCUCGGGAGGCAAGAAAAGCUCUCCAUCUAGCGAUGUUCAUCUAAUCAAAUGUUAAUGUCUUUGAGUUUUGUUGUUAUGAGAAAUACCAUUCUUUAUCUCUUGUUUUAGUGCUUCAUUGUUUUAGGGCUUGUUUGGAAUGUUUGACUAAUACAAUAUUUGACAAUAUAUAUUAAAUUUGGACAGAACUACAGACUUGCCUCUUAUUAUAAUCAGCCAUCUCUCACCGUCUAUGAGCUACACACAAAAACGAGCUAAAAUGACCAAAAUUCACAAUUUUGACCUUGAAAUAUGACUUUUUGACUUUGAAGAUGACCGCAGGUGGUGUUGAAAAUGUAACUAUUAAAUUCGCCGUCCUCAAAAACCCUCAUUUUGACCCAGCAAACGUGUUUCUAGCCCUUCAAGAAGUCAUUUUAGUCCAGGACUCAAGUUAAUCCUUCAGACUCAAGUUAAAAACCCCGAUCAGGGGACGUUCCAGUCCUUUCUUGAAGGACGAUAUAUGACAAUAUAUAUUCAAUUUGGACAGCUCUACAGACUUGCCUCGUAUUAUAAUCAGCUAUCUCUCACCAUUUAUGAGUUACACACAAAAACGAGCAAAAAUGACCAAAAUUCACGAAUUUGACCUUGAAGUAUGACCUUUUGACCUUGAAGAUGACCCCAGGUGGUGUUGAAAAUCUUACUAUUGAACUCACCGUCCUCAAAAACCCUCAUAGUGAUCCAGAGAACGUGUUUCUAGUCCUUCUAGAAGUCAUUUUAGUCCAGGACUCAAGUUAAUCUUUCAGACCCAAGUUAAAAACCCCGAGCAGGGGACGUUCCAGUCCUUUCUUAAAGGAGUCUAUGACUCGUGCCCAUACCGCCCAUACGUAAAUUACGUAAUGGUGGGCAGGCUCAUAAAGUGUAGACUACCUGUCAAGGACUGGAGAACAGGUAGGCCACACACUAUGUGGCUACCAGUGUGCACAGGUUUUAAGAGAAACUUUACAAAUUUGGGUAUGGAGAAAGGACAAAAUGAGCUUUAGCUCGGA